AUGCUGCUCCGGCCCCGGCGGCCGCCCCCUCUGGCGCCCCCCGCGCCGCCGUCGCCGGCCAGCCCGGAGCCGGAGCCGCGCCCGCCGAGGGCGCCCUGGGGACCCCCGCCCAAUGGGCCCGCCUCGCCCGGCGCGCUGGCGGCGCCCUUGUCUCCGGUGUCCCCCGGCUCGGCACAGCGCGCGCCCUGGAGCGCCCGGGAGACGGAGCUGCUGCUGGACACGCUUCUGCAGCCGGCCGUGUGGCGCUCGCUGCUGCUCGAACGCCGCCAGGCGCUGCCCACCUACCGCCGCGUGUCGGCCGCGCUGGCCCGCCAGCAGGUGCGGGCACGCCCGCGCAAGUGCCGCCGCCGCUACAAGUUCCUCAAGGACAAACUGCGCGACGCGCACGGCCAGGGCCCGGGGCCUUUCGACGCGCAGAUCCAGGAGCUCAUGCGGCUGCUGGGCGACCACGGGCGCCGGCGGGGCCGCCGCCGCUCCCCCGGGACCGGGCGCCCCCAGCGCGGCCGCCGCCCGGCCUCGGCCUCCGCCCGCACCCCCACCCCCACCCCCACCGUCGACGAACCAGACGCUUGUCCGCUGCCGACCGCCCGUGACCCCGACGCGGAAACCACUUGGAUGCUGCGAUUCAGCCCGUCCCCGCCGAUGCCUGCGGGCGCCUCCCGCGUCUCCGGCUCCCCGCCGCCGCCAACCUCGCCUCGGCGGCCGCCCCCCCCCCUCACCCCUGGCUGGGGGGACGCAGACCCUCCGCCGGGUCUCCCCGGGGAUCGCGCGCCCCCCCAGGCCGCGCCCCCGUCGCUGAGCGACUCCCUUUUGGAAGCCCUGGGGCACCUGGGCGACCUCACGGCCAUCCUGGGCCCGCUGCGCGACCAGCUGCUGACGCUGAACCAGCACAUCGAGCAGCUGCGCGGCUCCUUCGACCAGACCGUGACCCUGGCCGUGGGCUUCCUGGUGGGCAGCGCCGCCGCCGAGCGAGGCGUCCUGCCGGGCCCACGGCCGUGCUAUCGUUCCCCAGGCCCUGCCCGCCGGAGCCCCAUCAGCACCAGCUCAGCGAUGUUCCCCGAGUCCUACUUGAGCCUGAUGCAGUGCAAAGGUAUUUGGCUGAACUCGGCCUGCAACACGUUGGCCUCUUUGGGGGCCUGGGAGCACCCAGGGGAGAAGAGCCAAUGGCAUAACUGGUGGCUCCUGGAGCACUGGAGGUCCCCAUUUUACAAAUUAGGGGACCCAUUCAGAGACUUAAGAAGUGUGCCGCAGGCCAAGCAGCGCCCGCCCCACCCCGCGCCCACCUGCAACUCCCAGUUCUGCACUGGGAACGCCCAGUCCCUGAGGGUUCACCGGAUGGGGGUUGGAAUCGCAGUCCCCUCCCCACACCCUUCUCUGACAAAAUGGUGCACUGGGACCUGGCUGGACCGGGGGCUCACCGAGCUGAACCCAGUCACCAGCAGUGCGUGGCCCACGGGUGGCCGGCAGCAGCUCCCAGGGCAGUGGGGCCUCAGCAGGUCCUGGGGGGCCUGGGUCAGAAAGAACUGGACCUGCCUGAUCGCCUCCUUUAGUGCCAGCCCCUUCCCCCACGACAGCGUCCUCUGCGCUCUCCACGCUGCCCAGAAGCCGGUUGUGGUGUGUCAGCGUGCAAACACACACACACCCCAGCGGGUCCACCCGGACCCUGUCCCUGUGCAGCACGCCGAGGCCCACAUGGCCACACUCACACGCCACGUCCAGGGCGUCCAGCCACUCGGGUCACCGUGGGCCCUGGAUGCCAUCCCUUGCUGGAAUGUUCCGCCUGCCCUUCUCCAGUUCCACGGGCCCAAGCUCAGGGCUGUUCUCCGAAGCCGCUGCAGGGCCCCUCCGUCCCUGGGCUUCAGCUCCUCCUGGUCCUGUCCCCUCUCCCUGCGGCGAGACAAGGCUGCCCUUCCAGGAGCCCCUGGUCCAGGGCUGUCACUUCUGGACGGCUUCAUCUAG